AAACGAUAAAAAUAGGGUUUUGAAGUCUCUCCCAUACCAAGAGGAAAAGGUUUUGCUCUCCAGCAGCCGUCUGCUCUUUGUUGCUAACCAGCACAGCUCCAACCAUGGCCGUCGGGAAGAACAAGAGGAUUUCCAAGGGAAAGAAGGGAGGAAAGAAGAAGGCAGCUGAUCCAUUUGCUAAGAAGGAUUGGUAUGAUAUCAAAGCUCCAUCAGUUUUCACUACCAGAAAUGUGGGGAAGACUCUUGUUACCCGUACUCAGGGUACCAAGAUUGCUUCAGAAGGACUCAAACACCGUGUGUUUGAGAUUUCACUGGCCGAUCUUCAAGGUGGUGAUGAGGAUCACGCUUACAGAAAGAUUCGGUUGAGAGCUGAAGAUGUUCAAGGAAGAAAUGUUUUGACCAACUUCUGGGGAAUGGAUUUUACAACUGACAAACUCAGGUCUUUGGUGCGUAAAUGGCAAACUCUGAUUGAAGCUCAUGUUGAUGUGAAGACAACGGACAAUUACACUUUGAGAAUGUUCUGCAUUGGAUUCACUAAGAGACGCCCAAACCAAGUUAAAAGGACUUGCUAUGCACAAUCCAGCCAGAUUAGACAGAUACGCCGGAAGAUGAGAGAGAUAAUGACUGCCCAGGCAACAUCCUGUGAUUUGAAGGAAUUAGUUCAAAAGUUCAUCCCCGAGAUGAUUGGAAAGGAAAUUGAAAAGGCAACAUCUAGCAUCUAUCCUUUGCAGAAUGUGUUCAUUCGUAAAGUCAAAAUUUUGAAGGCUCCCAAGUUCGAUCUUGGAAAGUUGAUGGAGGUUCAUGGUGAUUACGGCGAAGAUGUUGGUGUGAAAUUAGAGAGGCCUGCUGAUGAGACAAUGGCUGAGGCUACUACAGAGGUCGUAGGAGCUUGAAUGAAAAAUCCUUGAAUGUCUUGUUUUUGUUUUUUCAGCUUCUAAGAGUUUUGUUGAUCAUUUUCUUUUUGUUGAAAACUUGAGUAGAGUUCUCCAUGGUUUUGAUGUUAAGGAUAUGAUUUUGCAACGUAAUUGAGUAGACAUUCUGUUACUCAUUGGACAUGUUUUUGGUAUCUAGCAUCUAUACAAUUAAUGUCAUAUGCCAUUUAUCUAAAAUGACCCUAUUGUAA